UGGAGCUUGUGGGUGGUGCCGGCUUUUAUUAGUAAAUCAAGAUUGAAAAGCCUUGGUGGAGGAAAGCCAAGCCUACGCUGGUCUCUGCAAUACAUUUAUUUGUGCUGCUUUAAACCUUCACACAUCAACUUAAAGCCAAGGAAGUAUUGAUAAACAUGGCAUCUCCAAGGAACUACUAUCUUGCAAGAUGCUUAUCCCUGUGCUUUUUAAUCAUCCUAAUGUCCUUUGCUGAUGCUGCAUCAUUUCAGUACUACCAAGUGCCACAACAAGAGCAAGAAUACAGAAUGAAGAGUUUACAAAGGCUGCCAAGUCCAGAUAUGUUGAAGGCACUGGAAUACAUUGAGAACCUCAGGAAGCAAGGAAGCAGAACUGAGGGCCUCCCUGACUAUACCUCCUACCAAGGGACACCAUUCCUUUCUGAGCAGAAGGAAGGGCAACCCCUGUCACCAGACAGUGCCAAGCCUAUUUUCAAUGAUGAUGAGUCUGAGUGGAUGAAAGCAAUGUUGGAAGCUUUGGUGCAAGCAGAAAAAGAAGCAAAGGUGACAUCACAAGACAAAGGCAAAUCAUAUAGCAACUUAAUGGACAAAAACAUACCACCUGAGCUGUUAGAAGAUUACGAUUCCAACAAGUGGUCUGAGAGAAGACCAAAAACUAACAAAUAUCCUCCAAGAUUAUAUGAUGACUAUUCUCGGGACAACCCACUGAAAAGGACCAAUGAAAUUGUCGAAGGUCAGUAUACCCCACAAAGUCUAGCUACCUUGCAGUCUGUCUUCCAGGAGCUUGGAAAACUCAAAGGCCAAACCAACCAUAAAAGAGAUAGAUUAGAAGAAGACCAGAAACUUUACAAGGAUGAUGAGGAUGACAUGUAUAAGGCCAACAACAUUGCUUAUGAAGAUGUAGCAGGGGGUGAAGACUGGAGCCCCAUAGAAGAAAAAGUUGAGAGCCAAACACAAGAAGAAUUAAAGGAAAGCAAAGAGGAGGUGGAGAAGACAGAUGACAUGGAAGAUGAAAUGAAACGUUCUGGAUUGUUGGCUUUACAAGAUGAGGAGCCCGAGAAAGAAAAUAAAGAACAGGAAUCUGAAAACCUGUCAAAACUGAUGAACUCAUAUUUAAAGAUGUGGUUGAACCGCCUGGAAAAGGGUAAACCCAAUACAGACAAGAGGUCACUAAAAUUCUCAGGUAAAAAUAUUGACCCUGAAGCUAUUUAUCAGCUGAUUGAUCUAUCUAGAAACUUACAAAUACCUCCCGAGGAUCUUAUUGAUAUGCUCCAAGAUGAAGACAGCAGGAAGUUUGCUGGAAGGCUCGAGUCUGAUAAAGAGGUUGAAGUACCAGAAGACCUGGAUGAGGUUUCAGAAACUAUGACUGAUAAAACGGAUGUGUAUAAAAGUAAGCAGGGAUUUAUAAGGCAACCAACCACUGCUGUGCUGCCCAAUGGUCCUGAAGAUCUAACAGUAGAAGAUAUGAUGAACAUCAUGGGAGCUGAUAAGUUACCAAAUCAAAAAUAUCCUUUUCUCAACCGGUUUAACCAAAACAAUGGUUUACCAAGGCCCUACUCCAUGUUCAACAAACCUAAAGGACAUAAACUCGCCUGGCCAAGUGACUUGGAAAAAAGACAAAUAGAAUACGAGCCCAGGUCAGACAAGGAGGAAGAUUUGGCUGACUAUGUAGUUAAAAUGCUGGCCAAAUAUCCAGAGCUCAUGGCCAACAAUCAGAACAAAAAAAUCCCAGCUCUUUACUCCCCAGGUGACAUUCAGGAUCUUGAAAAGCAGUAUGAAAAGGCUUUAAGGGGAUACCUGAACAUGAGAGGUUACCAGGAUUUAGAGACUGCAGCCAAUGGUAAUCGAAGGCUACCCCUACCUAGGGAAACAGAUGACACACAAAAUAGGCAGUACAUAGAUGAGGACAUGCUCAUGAAAGUUUUGGAGUACAUGAACCAAGAGAAAGCAGAAAAAGGCAGAGAUCACAGUGUUAAAAGAUCUAUGGAGAAUAUGUAAUUUGUUUGUGUUACUCAACAGCGUCAUAAUCUUUUUCUUUUCUUCUUUUCUUUUCUGGCUUUGUGGUUUACGUGGUCUGGGCUAAGGUUUUUUCUUCCAGAUGUGAGCCAGUGUCAGGAUCAACAUACAUUGUUGCUUCAUAUUCAUUAUGAUAUUCUGACUGUUUUGUACCCAUCAAACACUCAUGCGUUACUUCUGAAACUGCAGGAAACUUACAUGAUAUUGAGGGGGACUGUUUAAAAAUCUAUAGGUCCUGGACAUUCUGUUGAAAUUUUAUUGAUGUCUUGAUAAAUCAGAACUUUCGUACCAAUGAAUCUGAGUUUUUUUUUUUUGUAUUUUAUUUAAGAUAUAUUAUUUCAAACUGACAUUGUUAUAGCUUAUAGACUAUAUCUAUACAGUUAUAUGUGAGGUUCUAUGGAAAUGCGGCAUGUGUAUAUGUUCAGCACUACAGUAUUCUUCUUAAAUGUAGCUUGAAAAGGCAGCAGACCUGGAUCUGCCCAUUGAUCUCGGUACCACUAAAUGGAGCUUGGCAUUUUCACCAUAGCUUCUUGAAGGAAAAUAAGGUCUGUUUAUUCCCACCAUAAGCAGUGUGGCACUAUUUCUGAAAAAAUUAAACAGAAUUCAUGGUAAAGCAGUGGUUAAUUAAAGCAAAUUAAAGACAUAUAGACAACCUGUCAUUGAGACUUGCCUGCAAUGCAUUCUAAUGUGGUACUAUCACAGGCCAAAUAAGUGCAAUCAGCGUCAUAUCCCACAUAGAUCAGAUCUUGUUAUUCAGUAUAUAUUUUUAUAUUAAUUAAAACAAAGAAAGAGAAAACAUAAAACCUUAUGCCAGAGAGAACGUUAGAGCAUCUGACCUACUUAAACCUGCUGCAGAAUUCAACCCCAAUUAUAUGUAAUCACCUACUUCCUUUUAUUUAAAGAUAAUGGAGGUUUUCUUUUGGCUUUUAUAAACCAUACUAGUGAUCCAGUUAACAGAAGAGAAUUACAAAAACAGUAGUCAUGUAUACCAUACCAAACACCAGCCACUGCAGGGCUCGAUGUGUUCCCAAUUGUGUCUUUAUGUUUUGUGGUAUACAUUAAAGGGGUACUCCACCCCUAGACAUCUUAUCCCCUAUCCAAAGGAUAGGGGAUAAGAUGUCUGAUCGCGGGGGUCCCGCCACUGGGGACCCCCACAAUAUAGCAUGCGGCACUCCGGAAGUGCUGCAGGGUCUGGGUCCCGACCACCGGAACGGAAGUCCGUGACAUCAUGACUCUUCCCCCGUGUGACGUCACGCCCAGUCCCCUCAAUGCAAAUCUAUGGGAGGGGGCGUGACGGCCGUCACGCCCCCUCCCAUAGACUUGUAUUGAGGGGACGGAGUCGUGACAUCACAGACUUCCGUUCCAGUGGUCGGGACCCAGACCCUCCAGCGCUUCCGGAGCAGAAACAGGUGGGUGCCGCAUGCUAUAUUGCGGGGUUCCCUAGCGGCGGGACCCCCGCGAUCACACAUCUUAUCUCCUAUCCUUUGGAUUAGGGAUAAGAUGUCUAGGGAUCGAGUACCCCUUUAAUACUGGCUGCUGUAGGGAACUAUUCGACAUGGAUUCCCAUCUUUUACAUAUCACCCACCUUGCUUUAUAACCAUUUUCACUUCUUUCUAGGGCUGCUCUGUUGUACCCAUGUGUUUGUGGAAUGUCCGCAACCUUAGCUGCACAGUCACAGUAAUGCAUCGGCAAGAGAUCAUUGGGACACAACACAUUGUACUCCACAAACAACACAGUUACUUUCACUACCAAAACUCCUGACACUAUAACUUCAGGUUUCUCUCACAGGAUUUAUUUUUAACCAUUGAAUUAUUUUGUUACUGUUUGUUGUGUAUCGUGUGGUACUGUAAAAAGAAUACAAAAUAAAGCAUUCUGUAUAUUUGAAGCAUU